ACAAAACACGCUUGUCUGUUUUUCCAUCACGUCCUUAUUUCUGCAUGCAUACAUGAAGCCACCCUCUUUUCAUUCCUUCUCAACCCUGAGACAGAGAGAAACAUCCAACAAUAACACUCCUCUGGAUCCUCCGGAGGGAAUACUUUUUCUUCCACCUGUUCCUCCCACAACGAGACCUAGGGAUUCACCUAGGCUCGUAAUUCAAAAAUGGUACCUUUUGGAGGAGUCAUUAGUGAUAUCAAAGGAAGGGCUGCUUGCUACAAACAUGAUUGGACCAGUGCAUUAUUUUCUGGGAUUAAGAUACUGGCUCCAACUUUCUACAUAUUCUUCGCUUCAGCUCUUCCUGUUAUUGCUUUUGGAGAGCAACUUAACAGGGAUACAGGUAAAACAUUUCUUCAACAAUAUGUAGUUACUUUCAGUGGUCAAUGCUAUGCUUUUUGUUCCAUAACCAAGCAUCCAUAUCAUGUUUUUAUAGGUGGAAGCUUAAGUACAGUUGAAACACUGGCAUCAACUGCUAUUUGUGGAAUUAUCCAAUCAAUAUUUGGUGGUCAGCCUAUGUUGAUUUUGGGAGUUGCUGAACCAACUGUUAUAAUGUACACUAUUCUGUAUCAGUUCUGCAUAAAAAGUCCAGAUCUUGGCGUUGGGAUGUUUCUGCCUUGGGCUGGAUGGGUUUGUGUGUGGACAGCUAUCAUGCUGAUUUUGCUUGCAACUUUCAAUGCCUGCACAGUUAUCACGAAGUUCACAAGACUCGCAGAGGAGUUAUUUGGCAUGUUAAUCACUGUCCUUUUCUUCCAAGAGGCUAUAAGGGGAGUCAAGGGUGAGUUCGAGACACCCAUAUCUGAACAUGCUUCUGCAGAGGAUCAUCAAUUCCAAUGGCUGUAUAUAAACGGACUACUUGCAGUCAUUUUUUCUUUUGGAAUACUUCUCACUGCCAUGGUCAGCAGAAGAGCAAGAACAUGGAGAUAUGGAACAGGGUGGAUGAGAGCUAUUGUUGCAGAUUAUGGGAUUCCAUUGAUGGUUCUGCUUUGGACUGGACUAUCCUAUACUGUACCCAACAAAGUUCCAUCUUCUGUUCCUAGAAGGCUGGUUUGUCCACUUCCUUGGGAACCUGCUUCUCUCUAUCACUGGACAGUGAUAAUGGAUAUGGGAAAGGUACCGGUGCUUUACAUCUUUGCAGCAAUUAUUCCAGCUAUUAUGGUAGCAGGUUUAUACUUCUUUGAUCACACUGUAGCUUCUAAGAUGGCUCAACAGAAGGAAUAUAAUCUUCAAAAACCAAGUGCUUAUCACUAUGAUAUGUUCCUUCUUGGUAUAAUGACUCUGAUUUGUGGUUUACUUGGCCUUCCUCCAUCAAAUGGAGUCCUUCCUCAGUCCCCCAUGCAUACAAAGAGUUUGGCAGUUCUCAGGAGGCAGAUGAUCCGAAAGAAGGUGGUAAAAAGUGCCCAGGAUUGCAUUAGGCAACAAGGAACCGGCACUGAAUUAUAUGGAGCGAUGGAAGCUGUGUUUGUAGAAAUGGAUUCUGAACCAAGUACUAAAGACUUGAACGAUUUGAAGGAGGCUGUAAUGCAAUCUUCUGAUAGUAAUGGAGAAACGCCUGCAUUUGAUCCUGAGAAACACAUUGAUGCCUACAUACCAGAACGUGUUAAUGAACAAAGAAUGAGUAACUUCUUGCAGUCUCUCCUGGUUGGCCUAUCAAUUUUUGCCGUUUCUAUCAUCAAAAUGAUACCCACUUCAGUUCUGUGGGGAUAUUUUGCAUACAUGGCUAUUGAUAGUCUGCCAGGAAAUCAAUUCUGGGAAAGAAUAUUGCUUCUCUUCAUUGCACCAAGCCGGCGCAGCAAAAUUUUGGAAAGUCCUCAUGCCUCGUUUGUGGAAUCAGUGCCAUUCAAGACCAUAGCCUUGUUCACAGUCUUGCAGUGUGUGUACUUUUUAGUAUGUUAUGGAGUGCAAUUGAUACCUAUAGGAGGAAUACUUUUCCCAUUACCUUUCUUCCUUCUCAUACCCAUAAGAGAGUACUUGCUUCCCCGCAUAUUCAAGCCUGCUGAUCUUCAAGAACUAGAUGCUGCUGAGUAUGAGGAAAUUCUUGGAGUUCCAAAUGAGAUCAAAGAUCCAAGUGAGGAUGACAACAACGCAGAGAUAUUGGAUGAGAUAACAACUUACAGAGGAGAAUUAAAGCAUAGAACUGUAAGCCAAAGGAAAAACAGAAGCUUCAAUGAAGACAAGCAAUAGACAGAUAUGUAUGCAUAAGGUUCAGCAGCUUGAAAAAAAAUGAUGAGUCUCUCUCCAUUGGCAUGUUGAAACGGGCUUAGUAUGACUAUAAUCAUGAAUGGAAUCCUCUAGAUAAUUGUGAAGUCAACAAAAGUUGAAGACAUACAAUGUAUGGAAACAUAAUCAGAAGAAAUAUGAAAUGCAAAUUGGAAAGAAAAAAUUUUGAACUUUGAUUAUUUGGCCUCAAUAUUGUUACAAGGAAACUACAUAUAAUUAGCUUGUUUUGUUGAAGGAUCAUUUUUCCUUCAUUAAUUGGUUACAAAGUUCU